UUAAGAACACGUUGUACUGAGUGCAGACAUUUUCGCUUGGGCUUGGAGGUCCCUGGUAUUAACCACAAGUCUAGGACCCCAAGCCUGAGACAAUGGUGUGCAUUCCUUGUAUUGUCAUUCCGGUUCUGCUCUGGGUCUGCAAAAAAUUCCUGGAACCAUAUAUCUACCCUCUGAUUUCACCUUUUGUUAGUCGGAUGUGGCCUAAAAAAGCUAUACCAGAAUCCAAUGAUAAAAACAAAGGCAAAGGUGACUGUAAGGAUGCAGACAUAAAUGGAUUAACAAUCAGAGGAACAGGAGAAAUAUCUGAUAAAAAAAAAAAAACACUGAAGGGACAUUCCCUGUGAUCUCAUUGUUUUGAAAAUGGACCUGAUGAUAUGCAGCACCCUCUUUGUAAUUGUCUCUGACCUUUUUUCUGAGACCAGAUAGAAUGUGGGGUAGAUCAAAUGAUUUCCUGAUGCUAACAAGGAAACAUAUAAUAUUUAUAUUUUAGAUGACCCUCACCUCUAAGCUUCUUUUUCAUUAAUACUAUGAAUAAAUAGAAGGUUGAUGCCAUUAAUGCUGCUACUAAAUCAGUACUUAAAAUUUUGGGGCCUCUAGGUUUCAUUCAUAGGAAUUUGCCCCAAUUUCUUUGUAGUCUUCUAAUUUAAGUGGUAUACAAUUUUACUGUGAAACUGUACAAAGGAGGAGAGCAUUUAGGAGGUGAUAAUGACUAAAAGACCUAAAAAUAUAA